UGGAGGACCAUGUGAUGGCCUCGACUGUGCAGGAGCUUCAGAAGCGGGAUGUGACGACACUAGAUAGUAAUCACUCAAUGUCAUGGCGCUACCUGGACUGUGUCUCCUUUUGCUCACCUUGCUUGCAUGCGUCCUUCAAGUGUUUGGCAAAACAGACGUGUUUAUAAAUGCACCAAGAGCGCAAAGCAUUUUCUUGCGUUCCAAACGAGCCAACCACUUCCUAAUAGAAGAGAUCCUACAGGGAAACCUAGAGCGGGAAUGUUACGAAGAACGCUGCACAUUCGAGGAAGCCAGGGAGUUCUUUGAAGACGAUGACAAGACGAUCAAGUUCUGGAAAACAUACGAUGAUAGGAGCCAUUGCCAGCCCAACCCAUGUCUUAAUGGUGGGAAUUGCUCUAACAUGGUGAACGGAUUCCACUGCUCCUGUUCUUCCCCCUACUAUGGAAUUACAUGUCAAAUGGGCGAACUAGACUUGAACAGCCAGGAAGAUGAAGGGGUGCCACAAACCGAACCACAGUUGGCAGCUGGAAGGGUUUCCUGUCCCACGGAAGGCCCAAAUGUGUGCCACCAGCUCUGUGUGGCGAGCUCCUACAAAUUUCUGUGCUCCUGCGUGCCGGGAUUCAAACUGCACAGCGAUGGACGAAGCUGCCUGCCUGAAGUGGAAUUUCCUUGCGGACGACUUCCAGACUCCCAUCAAACAGAAACAAUGUGUCACAAUGGAAAUUGUCCCUGGCAGGCGUUGUUGCUGGGAGGCGGGGGCACUGAGAUUUGCGCCGGUGUUCUGUUGGGUCGGCGUUCUGUCCUGACUGCUGCCAGCUGUCUUUUACGGGAAUCUGACCCACAACCCUCCAGUUUUUUGGUCGUCGCCGGUACAAGCGAUACGACAAUGUCCAUUAAAGCUUUCCAUAUCCACAACCGUUAUCGUCCUAAUCACCACGACAAUGACUUGGCCUUCCUGGAGUUGACUAGCCCAAUGCCCUUUGGACCUAAUCUCCACCACCUAUGUCUGCCCAACAAAGACUUCUGUGAAAACAUCCUAAUGUAUUCAAGCAAGGUCGGGGUUGCGGCGACCAUGAACCAAUCCUUAGACCCAAACCUCCUUUACAUGAGUUUGGAGGAGUGUCGCAGCCAGCUCAACAUCUCGGUCCCACUGACUAAUAAAAUGUUCUGUGUGACGGGAAAGACUGGAAAAAUAGUGAUGCACGGUCAAAAGGUUGCCUCCAACAGUACAGAAAGUUCACCUGUGUGGCAAUGUGGCGGUCUGUUGCCCGCUAUGCCCCUUGCCACAAUGGAGAGAGGGACGGCGUUUCUCACAGGGACGCUCAUCGUGCCUUCUACAGGCUGUGAUGGGAACGGGCUGGCCUUUACCAAAGUGUCCCGACACCUGGUCUGGAUCAGACAGCAUCUCGCGGCCAUUGAGUCACAGGAACACCCAGUCAAAAAAAAAACUGAAGUCAGAAAACUUGUGAGUCACUGAGCUUCUAGUGCUACACAACUGCCCAUUAAAGGUGUUCUUCUCUGUCUAUUGCGUAAAAAGUAUAAGUCUGGAGCAGGACUGCAGCUAUUGAUUACUUUGGUAGUCGAUUAAUCAAUGAACUAGUUAGUUCAAAUAACAGAGUAAUCGGAUUAAGGACAUUAAAAAAAAUCAAAUACCUGAGCUUAGCCUCAAAUGUAUAAAAAAAAUAAUUAAUUACGAUCUAAGUACAACAAAAGAACAAUUGGCCAACUUACAUAGCAAAAGUCUGCUAGUUUAAAUGCUAUAAAAUGCCAACUUUUUUUUUUUUUUUUAACAAUGUUCUUACCAAAUCAUUCACAUAUUUUCCCCCAAAACACCUAAAUAUACUUAUAAAUUAAAAUUACAAAUGCAUUAAAAAAAAAAAAAAAAAAAAAA